AUGAAUAGAGGGAUGGCACAAGCAGUUUACGCCACGCUUCUUCUAAUUUGUCUUCUUGCUGCACAUUCUGCAGCGGGCAUAUUUAUCGUGGACUCCCGCCCAAGCGGCGAGUACUGCGGAGGUUACAUGAGCCUUGUGAAUGGACGCAUCACUGUCCAUCCGGCUACCAGUAAAUUUGAUAUUUCGUUGGAUGUCUUUGGCGAGAAAUAUUGCUGCAAGGAAGAGAAAUACUCGUACAACGAGACGACCGGCCAGAUGUUUCUGGAUGGCGUGAAUGACCCCAAUGACUGUCUUGGCACUAUUUUGAGAGACAACGGGCUGAAACUCAGUGUGACUUACCUCCAGGGUGAAGACGUAAUUUUACUGGACUUUGAUGUUGUCACUGUCAAACUCUCACGGUGCUCGUGA